GAUAAGAAACGUAUAGGUACCACUGUGCAUUGCAAGCGUUGACAUGAUGGCGAUCUGGAUGUUGUUUAUGUUUGUGUUGCUUGCUGAUGUAAAGUUGGCACAAACGUCCGACACAUUACAGGCCAGACUAAACACUCUGGAGAGAGAAUUUGUCACGAUGAAACUGGAGCUGCAGACAACGAAAGCUGACUUAGAGAAUACUAAAACAGAAUUACGUCACUCUCAGACAAAACUACAGGAAACUCAAAUGGAAAUGUCAGCAAUGAGCCGCCGUCGUCGGGUCGCUGAUGUUCAAGAAACGGCAUUUUCUGCUCAAAUGAAUAAUACCAUUGAACAUUUGAACCUUCAUCAAACAGUCAUAUUUGAAUCCGUGAUUCUCAACGAGGGGAGAUCCUAUGACAACCUAACAGGAGUGUUUACGUGUCCAGUUGAAGGAGUCUACUAUUUCUCUGUCUCCUUGUUGUCGUGGGAAAAUGAAGACAUCGAAACUCUCCUGGUUGUUAACGGUCGUCGGUUGGCUGGAACCUAUGCUGCAGGACAGCGCCACAAUCUGGGCACGAGCUCUGUUGUGGCGAGGUUAAAGGUCGGGGAUAAAGUUUGGGUUACUGUCGUACCCAGUCCCAACAACCCUGACAAUAUUCGUAUUAUCGGGGCCGGCUGGACGAGCUUUACGGGAUUCAAAAUAUAGUGGCAUAUGUUACCAUUGCACAAAUAAAUAGAUUUU